GGCCGAUGUUCAUAUACAACUCUAUUACGAAAAGAAUGAUUAUCAGUAAUGCUUCAAUUAUGUGUAUCAGCAAUGUUUCUGCCUGAAUCAUAACUUGUUUGUGCACCUGUACCAUCUGACGACCUGACUCUUCAAAGGACACGUACCGCCAACUUCGGAGCUGUACACAGGCAGCAUACGGCAUAUGUUUUGCAGCUUUAACGUGUCACUGAACCAAACUCUCUUUUCCUCUCUCUUCACCUCUUUACUUUUCUUCAACAAGCAUAUAUAUAUAUAUAUAUACCUUAUGGAAGUCGUCAAACAGCUCGGCAUUGCCUUUGGUGCCGACUGGGAUUCAUUCGGCGGUGCUCGGAAAUCGUGGCAACUCCCGUCGUCGGGCGGCAAAGCCUCGACACAAGCCGAACACAAGCAAGUCGUUGCCCGCGCAACCACAGCGAUAAACGAGCUCCAGAUCCAGCUAAUUGAUCUCCUCGAUGUACGCGCUCGAUCAUAUAGCGAAUUAAGGGAAUUCGACAAGGCUCUCGAAGAUGCUUCGGUCAUGAUCCGCACGUCACCUUGUAUAGUCAAGGGCUAUAUUCGAGCUGGCAAGAAUCUCGUAAUAGAUACAUAUUCUGCAAGAUCGAUACGAUGAAGCAAUAUGUACGUACCAAAAAGGUCUCAGCAUGGUACCCAAGUCGGAUCAUCCGGGACAACAAAG